AUGUAUCUUGAAGGUAAUAGUAUUAGAUUAGAAUUAGAUAUAAACAAAUAAAUGCAGACCUCCUAAAUUCAUAGAGAUUAAGCUGAAGAAAUUUAUGAUAUGAUUAAUGAACAGGAUUUAAAAACUUCAUCUUAGAUACAUUAAUCUCUUUAAAUAUAAAUGGAGGACAACUAUUUACCUAUUAAUAACCAAGUUUAGUAAAUUUUUUGUAUCUCUUUAAAGAUCCAUUUUAAAUUAAUUUCAUAGAGCAAAGCGAAUAGAAUAUUGCAAUUAUCACAUUAAUCUUAAAUCAAAUUUUCAAAAUACCAUUUUUACUGA